AUGACUUUCAAGGCACCAAACAUGCUCGGUCUGGCCGUGCUGCUCACAUGGGCUUGCUUGAGUUCAACCGCUCAUCCUCACCCGCUCUUCAAAAAGUUUCUUCCAAGCCAGUCCGCUAUCGAAAUACUCUUCAGCGCUCUCUCAAUCUCCUUUGCUCCUGGCCUCUUCGAAGUCCUGCAAGCCUCUGGUCCUCCGACAGUCGAAUGGUUCAUGCAACUUCCUACACACUGUGAAAAAGUUUGGGCCAUCUAUCUUCUCGUCCUAUGGAAGCUGGGUUGCAUGCCACGAGUCUACCUCGGGUCGGGCACAGAAGCUGACAGUGGUGUCACUGUUCGGUUCAAGCAAUACGACAAGUUAAUCUGGCUUCCCUCACACGUCCAGGAGUCUUUGGGCGAGGGCUAUCAGAUUGUGCAUAAAGGUGUACUGGUCUGGAUGCCCAUUCCCCCCCCUGCAGAGGUUCCCGUCCUCCGGCUACUCUUCGUCUGUUUAGAAGGUGCCCUUACUUUUGCUUUGCGGGCCCUCAGCAAGAGGGCAAACUACACUGCCGCAUUGGCUGAUUUGUGCCCCUGGGAUCGAAACUCACUCGAGUACGAAGGCCUGUGCUCACACAAUCCCUUGGUCGACCCUGUGAAAGGCCAGUUUGAUCUCACUCCUGGUGAGAGGGAAGAGCAUGCACAGGAAUUGAAAGAUAGAAAGUACAUCUUGAACCUGGAAGGCCGUGAGAGACGGAAGGCAGAAGAUCCUGAAGCAUACCGACUGGAAGCCAACCGACACAGGGCUAACUUCGUCAAGAACAAUCCUGAAAGUGCCAAGAACUCCACUCAACGACACAAGGUCAAGGCUCGUGAAGAGAAGAGGUUUUACUGCAACGUGUGUCACGUUGCCUUUACCAAUUCUACCAAUCUGAGAAAUCACCUGGCCACAAAAAGACAUGAGAACAAAGUGAAGGAUGCAAAGGGUACCCCGAGGUACAUCAGCCCUACCAUGAAGAUACAGAACAGGAUCAAGGCACAGAAGAGACACUACUGUGAGCUCUGCGAUUUUGCUGCUCCCACACCUUUCGCCCUCAAGAAACACAUCGACGGCAAGGCACACAAGAAAAAGCUGGCACUCGCGGAGGAAGCAGCCCAAGAGCCUAUCUCUCCACAAGCCUUCCGCCAGCCAGAAUCAUCGUUGGUGAUUCAACAGCAAGAGCCUCCAAAGGGCUUCCAGGAGCAAUCCUCCCAGCAGAAGGACACUUCCCAGGCCAACUCCAUCCGGAAGUACUUCCAGCUGGCCUAG